AUGGAGCAGCUGAAUGAAGACGAAAUUGAAUUUUUUGAAUUCUUGCCUAUGUCUUUUACAAAUGAAUUGCAAGAAGCAUUACAGGAAUGCCUGAACGACGUCACUCAACAUUACCAUCUUCAUCACAAAAUACAAACGUACAUUUCAGACUCUUUUAAGAAGAACUUAUUCAUUUUCAACAGUUUUGUUCUUAGGAAUAUUCUUAAGUUUCCAGCAAACUUCAAAUUAGAAAGAAAAGUCACAGACAAAACAAUCCAAGCUGAUAUUUCAGGAAUGGUGGAGGCAUUGCGCUUGAAGCAGGAAAAAGUGCUACAGCUAAGUACUGCUGUUCAGGAACUUAGAACCAAAAUAGCUAUUCAAAAGACCAGGAAUGAUGGGUAUAGAAGUCUGCUACAAAAUAAGACAAAGUUCGGUGAUCUUUGCACAGGCGCAAAAGAGAUCAAAGUAUUUCUGAGGGAAACAAACGAUCUUUUUGAGAAGUAUCAAAAUAUUGGAAAGAGAAGGGAUUGCGAAUUUGAAAAAUUGAUGGAGUAUAAAAAUAUUAAAAGUGAAUACUACAAGAAUGAAAGAGCUAAAUUGUUAGAGAUAGCAGACUUUGAAGCACUUGAAAAUUUGAAUAAACUUAUUUGA